UGCCUGCGCGCUUCUAACUGUGCAGUGAUGUCGGACAACGAACGUGCCGUGAAAUGAUUGUUCUUCGACUUUAAAUGAUUUUUCUAUGUGAGAUUAGAAUAUCUUUUUACAUAAUUGUGAUUCGUGGUUUGUCAUGACUAUCUGAGAUUUGUGGCUGAUUUUUCUUGGUGUCUCGACUAUUGUAAAGGGUUGAAAAAUGGGUAAAACUCUCUGCCAAGCUUGUAAUAAGAAGUGUAGCGGAGAAGUUCUACGAGUGCAGGACAAGUACUUUCACAUCGGUUGCUUCAAGUGUGCGCAGUGCAAUUCCAGUUUAGCUCAGGGUGGAUUUUUUGCUCGUGAAGGCUCCUACUAUUGUACUAAGGAUUAUCGCGAGCGCUGGGGCACUAAGUGUGCUGGUUGUGGCGAGUAUGUUGAAGGUGAUGUUGUAACUGCUGGAGAAAAACACGCAUUUCAUCCUAACUGCUUCCACUGUCAACGAUGCCGGCAACCAUUGCUUGGCCAAGGAGCUAAGGUCACAUUGGUACAAGGGCAAGCAUUGUGUCAUCGAUGCGUCAGUAUACCGGUACGGGAGGCUUCUACUCCAAUAAAUAAUAGUGGACCCCCGCCAGGACUAGAAAGCCAGAUUGAUCCAGGUGCCUGCGCUGGGUGUAGACAGCAGUUACGAGAGGGUCAAGCUUUGGUAGCCUUGGAUCGGCAGUGGCACGUUUGGUGCUUCAAGUGUCAUAGUUGUGAUACUGUAUUGCACGGAGAAUACAUGGGCAAGGAUGGGGUACCGUACUGUGAAAAAGAUUACCAGAAGCAGUUUGGAGUCAAGUGUGCUUACUGCAGUCGAUAUAUAAGUGGAAAAGUAUUACAAGCUGGUGAAAAUCAUCACUUUCAUCCAACAUGCGCGAGAUGUACGAAAUGUGGAGAUCCUUUUGGGGACGGAGAAGAGAUGUACUUGCAAGGCGGUGCUAUUUGGCAUCCCCGUUGUGGACCUGGACCUACUGGCUCUAAUGGCAUUAUUAAUGGUCAUGCAGAGAACCACGUUCAUACUCCACAUAGAGAUUCAGAACGCAUUUGCAGUAGUGCUUCAGAGAUGCAGUUUUCAAUACGGUCACGCACACCAAGUCUCAAUGGAUCCCUGUACAGCCCUUACAACAGCCUGAGUCGCAAGUACUAUCCAACAAGAACUGGCAGUCCGGGAUUGAUCUUGAGAGAAUACGGAAGAGGUGGUGAGGAUGUAUCUAGGAUUUGUACAUAUUCUUAUCUCACAGAGACACCGAGCCAAGGAUACUUGAGGCGACCAAUUCAGCCAUAUGAUAAACCACCCACCAGCCCUCACUUCCAUAGACCUAGUUCUUCAAGAUCAAUAAGAAGUAGUGGCGGGCGCAGCAGCCGUUCUGGAAUGCGUGCAUUGGUUGAUGCACUCAGUGACGCAAGACCCAAGUCACCUGCAGCAGUGAGUCAAGCGGACAAUGAGGAGCCAAUUGAAUUGGCUCAUUUUCCUGAUGCGAUGAGGCCACCGCCAGGAACACAACCUCCUAUUGAAAGAGACGAUUUCCCUGCUCCACCAUAUCCUUAUACUGAUCCGGAAAGGCGCAGGCGUUGGUCUGAUACCUACAAAGGUGUACCAGUCUCGGAUGACGAAGAUGAGGUGGAUAACAAGGGAUAUAUCCAAGAAGCUGAGCAAAAAUUGAAGAAGGAGCAGGCUGAGUUGAGCAAAAUUGAUACAGGAAUAGCCAAAGUCUUUUUGCAGGACCGUGAAAAAGAUAGGGAAAAUUUACGACAUAGAGCAGCAAAUGUCGACCCAAGGAAUGCUUCGAGAACACCUUCUGCUGCUCGAGAACCGGCUUAUCGGUUACGUUACGAAAGUCCCGUUGGCGCUUCACCUUCGAGGAAUAUAGAUCACGCUCGUCCAUGGGAGGAUGAAGAUGGUGUUAGUUACAGAUCUAGUGUCGGGCCUAGUUACAAUGCUGGGAGAUCUUCUGUUCGCUCCCCGGCUCCCAGAAAUUAUCCACCUCUUGGUACUCAGCGAGCAUCUACUCUGCCAUCAGCCAGUAGGCAUUACCAUUCGGGUGACUAUUCAUUCAGUGGAAUGGGCGAUAAAACGCACAGCACAGAUUUUUCGUCUGGGAAAUCCGACAUAUCGACAGGCAGCAUCACGGACGUGGACCGACGGGCAUUGGUAUGUACUACAGCGCCCUACUUCUCCCGGCGCAUUAGCAUGAAUGACGGUGGGGUAAUUCCAUCAUCCACUACGUACACGGGUGGUCUGGGAUCUGUCACAGUAAAUCAUGGUGGACAUCAUGUAAGGCGCUCGUUACCAGACAUGGGAGCAAAUCCAGGAGAGCCACCGAAGCUUUAUCCUUAUCAUCUCCUUUUAAUCACCAAUUACAGGCUGCCUGGCGAUGUAGACCGCUGCAAUCUAGAGCGGCACCUAUCCGACGCUGAAUUUGAAGCCAUUCUACAAUUCACUCGUGCUGAGUUUUACCGGCUGCCACAAUGGCGUCGCAACGAGAUUAAACGAAAAGCACGACUCUUCUAAUUCUUUGAAAAAAAUGAGUAAUUAUUAUUAUUUAGUAAUCAAACAAUUUUUCAGAAUAAUUAUUUGUGCAGAGUGUAUUUUUGAGUGCAACAGUCUGGUUUAUGUAACAAUUAAAAGUUGAUAUCGUAUUGUGCAGAACGUGUCAGGGAGUACUGAAUGAUAACUUUGAUUUGUUCGUAGGUACAUUAGAUAAUUAUUCUCUACAACUCAGUUCUUCAGUCUGAUGUUUCACAGUUAUCUGAAUUUUAGUGGACACGCAAUACAUUAACUAUAUUUCCAUACUAUUAUUUGUAUUUUUCGCUAAUCGUUAUUGUCAAUUUCAUAUUACUUUCCACGUUGAACGUAAAAUAAUACGUUUAGUGUAUAUUUUCGAAUUUAGAGAUCUAAAGGACAUGUUGACAAAAAAACGAAACGUAUCAGAUCCCUUUUAACCGUUGUAAUUUUAUUAUUCACGCAAGUUUGCCCAUAUUGGAAAUAAAAUUUAACAAUGCGUACAUAAAUACAUGAAUUAGUUUUUUAAUUACCAAACUUUGUAUCAGGUAGACUUCACCGAGUGCUAUAAAAGUUGAGUCAGUGUCACCUUGAUAUCUUAAUUUACUUAAUAAUACGAAAUUCGUAAUUUCGAAUUGAAUGCAGUACUAAAAUAACCGUUUUAUUGGGCCGUCACAUUUUUAUGCUAUAGUUGAUAUUUUUUUAUUAACAAAUUCAGAGGUAUAAUAAUUACUAGUACCAAUUCAUGUAUUUUUCAUACUAUUAGCACUCUAUGAAGAUUGUUUUACUUAUAAGUUGUUAAAUGCAGUUAUCGAUUUAUCCGGUGUUGUGAUUGCGGCUGAAACGCUGUCUUUCAAUGACAUGGCUUUGCAAUUAAUAAAUAAAUGAAUAAACUAAGAGAAAAUGUUACAAUACAAUUAUUAGUUACUGUAAAUAAAAUGGGUAACGUAAGAAAGAAAGGGAAUAUGCAUAUGCUAUGCUUAACCGGCAUACCCAAACACACUCCUUCAUGAAUGAUGAAAUAUAUUAUCUAAAAAUUCUAUUAGAUAAUGAUCAUAGUAAUUAUAGCUGAUACUUUUAAUAACUAUUACACGUUACUGUAACCAAAAUGAGAUAAAAUGUUAAAAACUGAAAAAUAUUGGAUAGGAAACACGCAGCUUGCAGAAUAAUACUAUAAAAGAAAGUGUUUAAACAUCAAUUAACGAUAUUGUCAAACCGCAAGCUAAGCGUACAAGGAUAUGGGUCAUGCUUUAAAACUCAUUUUCCGGGGAUAAAAGAACUAAAUUAAUUAUAUAAAUAUUUGACUGAUGAGUCAGAGCCACUUUAAUCGAACGUUGAGGCUCUGGUAGCGCAACUAGUAUCACAUUUGCAAUACCAUAGUUACAUAAAUUUUUAAAUAAAUAUAAACGUGUCAUACAUAAAAAAUUUCAAGAUUGUCCUUUUGCAAAUAUCGCAAGUCGAAGAAGCGAGCUUAAUUAUAUCAUUAAUGUGCAAGAUGAUUAAUUUUUGGUGUUGAGAGUUUGAAGGUUUAAUUCUAAGAUUUCGUAGACCUAAUUUAUUUGGCAAAUUAUGUCAGAAAUCGAUAUAUGAAAGUUCAACAUUUUACUCAAGGUGUUCCAGCAAUGACGCUAUAUUUACAUUUUUGAUCUCUGCGACCAAUGUUAUAUAACGAACAAGUAUUUCAUUGCAAUUUGGAAGAUCAGCAUCGUGGGUUAAGAGUUAAAUAGCUAAAUAUAAGCUAAGACUGUGAGUUAUUUUAUUUAAUUCUUUUGAUUGUCUUCAAAUGUAUUUUUAAAUUUAUUUUUGAGUCACUGCAAUGUCAAGAGGUUGAUUUUUUGCACAUGCUACGGUAGCGAUUUGCUAUGAAAUAUUAUUAUUUAACAUGAUUUAUUAGCUAAAUUCUGACUAGAGAUAUUUUUGAAAAGCAAUUAUAUUACAUGUAAGCUUAUGAGUAAUGUUAAGAAAUACAUUCAAAAUUUUUAUGACAACGUUGAUAUUUGUACCAUAUUUUGUGGCCACAACCCGAGAAUAUAUUGUAUGUCGCAGUUACAGAGCAGCUUUUGCAGAUCUUAUUCUACCAAUAAGUGUUCAGCUGCAAUUAGCAAGUAUUACUCAGCUAUGUAUAUCCAGUGACAAUCGGCCAGUUUAUCUGUGUAUUACUCAAUUUCGGGAUUUUAGGGUUCAAACUUAUUCCUGUUACGGCUGCCAGCUACAUACUUAUUUGAUUUUUGAUCAUAACUGCGGCAUAGAGAAUGUCAAUAUGCUUUUACUGUGAUGUUAACAGAUGUAACAUAUCCUGUAUAAAAGCUCGUCGCUUCUGCUAGUCCGUGAAAUACAAUAAAGGCAAAAAUUACACAGGA